AUGGCGCCCUUAGAAGAUGAAAUCGAGCAGGCGCUCCUCGAUGCCACUUAUCAAGUCUAUCAAGCUACACCAGACGAAACUACUGUGAACAAGGUUCGCAAACAAACCGAGGAGAAUCUCAGCCUUGAUGACGGAUUUUUCUCAAGUGCGGAGUGGAAGCAAAAAAGCAAAAGUCUGAUCAAGGAGAGAGUGGAGAAACUUAUGGAUGGAUGGUUUCCAGACAGCAAUAGAAAUGCAGACUCAGAUGGAGAAGAUAAAACUGGCGUGAAGCGCUCCUCUCCCGAUGCUGAAUCUCCUGCGCCAAAGUCCAAGCGCCAGAAACGUGUCACGAAGCCCAGACCAAAACCAAAAUCAAAAAAGGCAAACAAGAAGGACGAGUCUGAUGUUGAAUCUGACCUUGAAUCUAAGCCCAGCGUAUCCAGCGAACUGAGCGAACUGAGCGAUCUCAGCGAGGAGGAGAAACCGCAGAAGAAGCGAAGGCGAGCGGCGCCAACGAAAACAGCACCAAAGAAAACGGAACCAAAGCACAAGUCUAAAGCCGUUGAGCUUGAAGAAGAGGAAGAAGAGGAAGUGAUGAAAUCUGAACAUGAAGUGUCAGGAGAUAAUGAUGAUGAGGCUGAAAAUAGAGACCUCGAAAGUGAAAAGGUAACAAGUUCAACAAAACCACAGAACUCAGAAGAUGGAGAGGAAGGCUCCAAAGAAGAUGAGAACAAGCCAGUCGUUGACGAGGAAGAAGAAUAUUCCGAUGUCAUCGAUGAGCCAGUAAAGCCGAAACGCAAGAGGAAGGAAAAGAAAGAGCCAGGCAGCAAGUCAGUAAAGGGUACCAAGGUUGCCGCAAAGAAAGUCACUACAUCUGACGACCCUAACACCGAGGAAAUUAAGCGACUGCAGGGCCAGCUUACGAAGUGUGGUGUUAGAAAGCUUUGGCACAACGAGCUGAAGAAAUACGGCGAUGAUGCCAAAGCAAAGAUUCGACACCUAAGGAAGAUGCUCACUGAUAUCGGAAUGGACGGCCGCUUCUCGGAAGCGAAGGCUCGCGAAAUCAAAGAGAGGCGAGAGCUUCUAGCCGAGGUUGAAUCUGCGCAGGAGAUGAGUGCUCUCUGGGGUAUAGAGGGGCGUGGUCGUGCAAGCCGCAGCAAGAGCAAGGGUGCCAAGGUCGUUGAAAGUGGCGGUAGUGGCGCCGAAGAAAACGAUGGCAACGAGAAUAAUGAUGACGAAGAGGACGAAGAAGAAACGUAUGCUGCGAGACGCAAGAGAGCAAGGGCGGAUUUGGCGUUCCUAGGCGACGAUGACAGUGAUUCUGAUUAA